AUGGAGAGGAUGGCCAGGAGACCCCGCAGCUCCGGGGACUUCCCUGCGUCCUGGGAGGAAGCUCAGCUUGGAGGACUCCAUCCUGAAAAGCGCCCCAGAACUGGUGAGUGUGGGGAACCCGUGAACGGACUGAGCUGCAGCAACCUUGGGGCUCUGGACAAUGUCAUCAUCAUUGACCCCAGCGACUUGGAGACACACUUCCUGGGGACGGUCUCCCAUGAAGAGGUCUGCGAGGUGCAGGAGCCCCGCGAAGACAACUGUGAGCUUCAGGAACCCCUGGAAGAGGCCUGCGAGCUGCAGGGCCUCCCGGAAGAGGCUUGUGACCUGCACGCCCCUCUCGAUGAGAUCGCUGCCGAGCUGCAGGAGGACCAGGAAGAGGAGCAAGAAGACGUCUAUCAGAUUUAUUACCUGGAGCUAGAGGCCUCUGAGCACCCUACGGGCCACCAGCCUUACAUGAGCCCAGCCCGGGGCUACCAGCCAGGACUCCAGCUCUCAGCUGCAGGGGCAUCUGGCCUCCACCUUCAGGGAUGCCUGGCAGAGCCCUCCAUUUGGGCCCCCACCCCCAGUCCACAGAGAAGCUCCUCUGAGUCCUACUUUAGCCUCCAGUCACAGGUUCAGGAGCUGCUCCUCAACUCUGUGCUCAGACCUCUGCCUCCUUCCCCCAGCCCCUCAGGGCCCCCUGAGCUCCCCAAACGCCCCAUGGGGCCUCACCCCAAGGCCCGCAGGUGCCUGUUCCAGGAAUGA